AUGUGCGAUGGAGCCGUGCACCGCGGCCGGCCGCCGGGUGCUGCAGAGGCUGCAUGGCUGCGAGCCUGGCUGGGCGAGGAUGACCUUCCUGGCCGUUCGGAGGCGGAGGUGCCGGUGGCGGAGGCGCUUACGUUGGCGCUGCCUCAGCUGCUGGCCGCGGACUUGGCGCCGUUGGUCGCGGCCUCCGGAGGUGCCCGGGCAGCAGUGCGGGCGGCCACGUGGCAGCUGUGCCGGGCUCGCGGCCUGCGGCCGCUGCCGCUUCCAUCGCUGCAGUGGUUCCAGACCGCGCGGCUCUAUGAGAACUUCGACUCGUCGGCGCUGGCGGGGCCAUCGGGGUGGCAGCGCUGGGGCGACCUCGCAGAGGACGAGGAGCGGCGGGUGAUGGGGGGCGGGGCCUUCCGAGUGCAGCUCACGCGGCCGCACCCCGACGCGGUCUUCGGUCGCGGUGCACGCCUGGACUUCGGGGCUUCUUGGCACCCGAAAGUGGUGUCGGUGCGCCUCCGCAUCGAGGCCCCGGCAUCCCGGAGCUUCUCCGGGGGCCAAGUAGGCUACGUGAUCUUGGGCGACACCACGCCGGCCUGGGAGUGCGGCUCCCGGUUCGGCCACGAGGCCAUCUUCCUGUUCGCCUCAGCCGGCCCAGAGGGCUUCGACUUGGAGUGGUGCGUGGGCUCGGCUUCCGCGCUGGUGGUGAGCAUGAACAAAGAGCAAUACGGCAGUUGGGUUCGCUGCGGCAUGGCGCUGAAUUGGCCAGACCGCGAGCUGCGAGUUUGGGUCAACGGCCACUUCCUGGGGCGCGUGCCCUUCAGAGACUCGGCCUGCGAGAAGGCAGAGCAUUUGACGCUGGUCAACUCGGGAGGGCCUGCAAGGGCCAGUUGGAGCGAAGUUGUGGUAGUGUAG